AUGGCUGCCAACUUUCUGCAAAUGCUCGAAAAUAUGCAGCCGCGGUCUAAGCGCACGAUAGAGGAUCUCAUAAACUCUGAUGAUCAGCUCGUUGGCAUGGACGGCAUGGAACUCAGAGGCUGGACCCAGGCCAAUCCCACUGCGCCUAGCCGUGACCUGAAAGAUCCAGUGGGCCAAACUCUCCUCGCUGCAUUCAAUGGAGAAUUCGAUGCGCUACAAAAUUAUUGCGAGAUGAUGAUUAAACAACUAGGCGGGGAUGAAAACGCACGUGAGACUGUCAGACAGGACAUGUACGCGAAGAGAUGGGGUCCUGUCAAAACCCCUGUCUAUGCAAUAUUACUACCAGCACUCCACAUGCUCCCAGGAAAGAAGGAGGAGCUACUCGGAAUAGUAAAGUACCUUGCCAAUGAUCUCAAAGUACCAGUCGACGGAAAAGACGUCCUAGGCUCCACAGCACUAUUCUGGGCCAUAUCUACAAAGCCCUAUGUACAACCAGAAUUUGCGCAAAUUCUCUUCGAUGCAGGAGGUUCUGUCAACACCAAAAACAGAUUCAAUGCUACUCCAGCAAGCGAGAUAGCGCAAGCAGAUCUUCACGGCGAUACUACCAAGAACGUGCAGAUGAUGAAGUGGUACAUCGAGCAUGGGGGUGAUAUCGAAAACAAAGAUACUGACGGUAUGAGUGUCAAGAUUUUGGUUGAGAUGAUGAAGAAGAAGGUGCCGCAGAUGGCCGAGGUUAUUCAGAAUGGGAGGGGACCGAGGAAAGAAGGGGAUUGCACGACUUGUGGGAGGAGUCCCAAGGGUGAAAAGACGUUUCCGGCUUGUGCGAAAUGUAAGAAGGCGAGGUAUUGUUCGCAGGAGUGUCAGAAGGUGGAUUGGAAGACGCAUAAGAAGACGUGUGUUGCAUCGUAG